CGCCACUACAUUUACCUCCGUACAGUCUCAACCACCACAUCGCGGGAAUUUAUUCUUACCCAAAUUUAACAUGAAGUACUUCAUCCUCAUUUCUGCCUUAUUGGCAGCAGGCCACUCUUCCUCACUUGGAGCUAAGCAAUCCUGUUCCGGUUGGGCGUACACGAGCAGCGACUCCAAUUUGGUAAAUCCCUUCGAGUUCGGGACUGAUGCCAGCAACGAGAAAGCAUACGGCUGUCGAGUUCAAAAUGGGAACGAAGUAGUUCCCGGACAUUACUCCUUCAGCACCCGGGCAUGCCGGAUUGCUGUAGAAGGGCGGGAAAUCGUGGCCACUGUAGGGGUUUUCGUUCUCGACAAUGCGGGAAGUGCAAAUCUUCACUUUCAGCCCUCCGAGGGCCUUCCCCAAUGGGGGGAGGCGAUUCAAGGCGGGGCGACGGCAAAUGGAGAGCCACUCUAUGCGAUUAGAUGCCUUGCCACCGUUGACGGUAGGGCGGCCUGGCUGGCUGGAAGGUAUCAAGACUCAACCCGUGCAGCUGUUGGUGCUUGGGGUGGAUUAGAAGUCCCUUGCAAUGCAGGCUCCGUUCAAUUCUUGGUUUGUGAUUAAGUCCAAAAAAAUUAAUUAGAAAUAAAAAUAAUUAUGCAACAUUUA